GUAUGUCUCUGUCCAUCCAGGCUCCUGACGUUCAAGUUCGCAGGGACGUCACGUCCGCACUUGAACUUGCAGCUCAGGGGGGCUUUUGCCAUUUUUUUCAUCUCUCUCUCUCUCUCUCCUUCUCUCUCUCCCUCUCUCUCCCUCUCUCUCUCUUUUUUUUUUUCUUGCACAAAAAAAAAAAAAAAAAGCCAUGACUGCUAUCCCACAAUUCAUCUUCCCUGCGCCAUCUUUGUAUUAUUUCUAAUUUAUUUUGGAUGUCAAAAGACAUUGAUGAAGAUAUUUUCUCUGGAGUCUCCUUCCUCUCUAACCCGUCUCUCCCGAUGUGAACCGAACGACUCACAAGCCACCGAAGCCACCAACCCACCAUGUCGCGCCGCAAGCAAGGCAAACCCCAGCACUUAAGCAAACGGGAAUUUUCACCCGAACCUCUUGAAGCCAUUCUCACUGAUGACGAACCUGAACAUGGCACAUUGGGAGCUCCGGAAGGGGACCACGACCUCCUCACUUGUGGCCAGUGUCAGAUGAACUUCCCGUUGGGGGACAUUCUUAUUUUUAUUGAGCACAAACGGAAACAAUGCAAUGGCAGUCUCUGCUUAGAGAAGGCUGUGGAUAAGCCACCUUCACCCUCACCAAGUGAGCUGAAAAAAGCGUCCAAUCCUGUGGAGGUUGGCAUCCAGGUUACGCCAGAGGAUGACGAUUGUUUAUCAACGUCAUCCAGAGGAAUUUGCCCUAAACAGGAACAUAUAGCAGGUAAAGACGAGCCCAGCAGCUACACGUGUACGACUUGUAAACAGCCUUUCAACAGCGCCUGGUUCCUCUUGCAGCACGCACAGAACACGCACGGCUUACGGAUCUACCUAGAAAGCGAGCAUGGCAGCCCCCUGACACCACGGGUUGGUAUCCCAACAGGACUAGGUGCAGAAUGCCCUUCCCAGCCACCUCUCCACGGGAUUCACAUUGCAGACAAUAACCCUUUUAACCUGCUCAGAAUACCCGGCUCGGUCUCGAGGGAGGCAUCAGGGCUGGGAGAAGGGCGUUUCCCACCCACACCACCCCUCUUUAGCCCUCCCCCGAGGCACCAUUUGGAUCCGCAUCGCAUUGAGCGCCUGGGUGCGGAAGAAAUGGCUCUGGCCACUCAUCACCCUAGUGCCUUUGACAGGGUGCUGCGACUGAACCCCAUGGCGAUGGAGCCUCCCGCUAUGGAUUUCUCCCGGAGGCUGCGGGAGCUGGCCGGCAACACCUCCAGCCCGCCUUUGUCCCCGAGCCGGCCCAGCCCUAUGCAAAGGUUGCUGCAGCCCUUCCAGCCCGGCAGCAAGCCCCCAUUCCUAGCCACGCCUCCCCUUCCUCCUCUGCAGUCUGCUCCUCCUCCCUCCCAGCCACCCAUGAAGUCCAAGUCCUGUGAGUUUUGCGGGAAGACCUUCAAGUUUCAGAGCAACCUGGUGGUCCACCGCCGGAGCCACACUGGGGAGAAGCCCUACAAGUGCAACCUCUGCGACCACGCCUGCACGCAGGCCAGCAAGCUGAAGCGCCACAUGAAGACCCACAUGCACAAGUCCUCCCCCAUGACGGUGAAGUCAGAUGAUGGGCUCUCCACUGCCAGUUCCCCCGAGCCAGGCACCAGCGACCUAGUGGGCAGUGCCAGCAGCGCCCUCAAGUCUGUGGUGGCCAAGUUCAAGAGUGAGAAUGACCCCAACAUGAUCCCUGAGAAUGGGGAUGAGGAAGAAGAGGAAGAGGAGGAGGAGGAGGAGGAGGAAGAGGAAGAAGAGGAGGAGGACUUGAAUGAGAGUGACAGGCCAGACUAUGGCUUUGGGAUGAGCCUGGAGGCGGCCCGCCAUCACGAGAACAAUUCACGGGCUGGCGAGGAGGGCCGGUCAAUGCCAGACGUCAUGCAGGGCAUGGUCCUGAGCUCCAUGCAGCACUUCAGCGAGGCCUUCCACCAGGUCCUAGGGGAGAAACACAAACGGGGCCACCUCCCCGAGCCCGAGGUGCACAGGGACACUUGCGACGAAGACUCAGUGGCCGGCGAGUCUGACCGCAUUGACGAGGGGGCAGUCAAUGGCCGGGGCUGCUCCCCAGGGGAGUCUGCCUCAGGAGGCCUGUCCAAAAAGCUGCUGCUGGGUAGCCCCAGCUCCCUGAGCCCCUUCUCCAAACGCAUCAAGCUGGAGAAAGAGUUCGACCUGCCGGCUGCCGCCAUGCCCAACACUGAGAACGUUUACUCCCAGUGGCUGGCGGGCUACGCCGCCUCCCGGCAGCUGAAGGACCCCUUCCUCAGCUUCGGUGACUCCCGACAAUCGCCCUUCGCCUCCUCCUCCGAGCACUCCUCAGAGAAUGGCAGCCUGCGCUUCUCCACGCCGCCGGGCGAGCUGGACGGAGGAAUCUCAGGCCGCAGCGGCACGGGAAGCGGAGGGAGCACCCCCCAUAUUAGUGGCCCGGGCCCUGGCAGGCCCAGCUCAAAAGAGGGCAGACGCAGCGACACUUGUGAGUACUGUGGGAAGGUCUUCAAGAACUGUAGUAAUCUCACCGUCCACAGACGGAGCCACACGGGCGAGAGGCCGUAUAAGUGUGAGCUUUGCAACUACGCCUGCGCCCAGAGUAGCAAGCUCACCCGGCACAUGAAAACACACGGGCAGGUUCGGCGUACCCACCCAGCUGGCGCAGUGCCCAGGGAGCCCCGGACAUCUGGCAGUUUUCGGAUGGAAGUUCAAGAGCACUUAAAUUCUGAAAGGAGGUGAAACUGGGGCAAGCGGCCUGCAGCGUCUUGGCGUCCAGAGGUGGCCUCUGUCCUGCUGGCUCGCCACAUCCCCGGGAGAGCCUGAGAAGUCACCCGCUGAAGGCAGCACUCCCUGGGCUCCUCCUGCAAGACUAUCGUAUUUAUAUUUUGUAAUAGAGUACGACACUUCUUUGGGGUUGUUUUUUGUUUGUUUGUUUUGUUUGUUUGUUUAUUUUUUAUUUUCUAAACAAAACAAAAAAAAGCAAACCCGCCCACCAUGGUCAAAGGGCUUAUCAGUGGCUUCGACUGGCUCCUUUCCCUGUGAAAAAGACUGUCUUUCUCUUGUGGAUAACCUGGGCUGUUGGUACCUCCAUGCUGUGCCAUUUCUCAGAGGGUGCAUCUGAUAUGAUGAAUGAAAAAUAAAACAAAAUGCAG